AUGGCUGAACUGGUGGAGGAAAUUGAAACUCUCACCAGGCAAGCAGAUGAUCUUCUUGGCGAGCUAGGAUUAUGCAGAGUCCUCGACAUCGUUGUUCCAUUUUCUGAGCUACUCUGGGUUAUAAAAAAGCGUAAGGAGUAUCCGUAUAUUAUCGCAAAGAUGAAGAAAGAAGAAAUACGCGAGAUGUUUGCACAUGUGUGUGAAUCACCGCUACUGUCUAUUCCCUCUUCUGAUCGGAUAGAUAUUGAAAGAUUGAAGAAUAAUAUAGCAGCAAAACUUGAUGAAACGAGAUUCAACUCGGAGAGAAUCGAGGAUAUAAAAAAAGAGAUUGAAGAGGUAAAAAUCUAA